ACUUUGUUUUAAUAUUCAUGUUAGAUUUGAUCGAACUUCGACGAAUAGAAGCCGCUGAAGGUAUUGCAAAUCAAUUAUCAAAAUCAAGAAAUAUCGUCUAUUUACCACAUGGUCCUCAAAUGUUACUUAACAUUACUGGUGGUAUGCAAUAA